AUGACCAUGGAUGCCGCGCGGUCCCUGGCGGUGCAGCUCGUGCUGAGCCCAGUGCAUCAACUUGGCGAGAGGUGCGGCUUCAGGAUCUUCCCCGGCUCUGCGUCGCGCUGCUUCAAGAUGAUGAUGCUCUUGGUGCACCCGGACAAGCGCACGGACCCCCGCGCUGGAGAGGCCUUCGGUGAGAUGCAGAGCAUCAAGAGCUUGGUGGUCGUCAGUGAUCCGGACGCUACUCGCCAGCGGCCCAUGACUGAGCUGGAGGGGCUUCUGCACCGCGCGCUGCGCAAGAUCCGAGAUCCGGUGGAGACCGCCGCAGAGGUCAUCGCUUUCUGUGACGGCCUUCUCCGUCGGCGCAAGCGCCUUGAGAUCUCUGCCUUGGCCAGGCUCCAGUGGCUCAACCUCGAUGAUGCCAAAUCCGAGGAAGCUGAGUCGGCGCGGGAGCUCCAACGCAUCUUUGAAAGGAGGCUCUCAAAGGCUGUUGCGGAGGCUCAGGAGCAGACGGAGGAGCCGGCCGAGGUGAGACGAGGAGCUGGCUGA